UUUUUUUAAAUUACAUGUAGUACAUUUUUACAGAAAAUUAAAUUAUACUGCUGUACUGAAGCCCUUUCAAACCUUUGUGUAUACCACUGUACCACAAUGAGGUUUAAAAUAAGCAUUCCAAAAGAUCAACCAUCUCAAGAGGUUAUAUCUUGUGUGGCUUGGAGCUCAGCUAACGAAGUUUUGUCAUGUGGUGAUGAUCAUCAAGUUAUGAAAUGGAACCUUGUCAGUGGAGAGACACAGGUUCUGACCAAGUUUACUAAUGAUGUUUAUUGUACACAUAUGCAUCGUUUUCCAACUUCAGGACAAGGCGGAAAAAAACAAGGACAGGGCGAACUUUUUGCAGUCACAAGCACAGAGGGUAAAUUCAGGUUAAUGGCAAGCUCGGGGAGAAUUGACAAAACUAUAGAGGCACACACUGGUGCUGUUAUCAGCGGGAAGUGGAGUCAUGAUGGUACAGCUUUUGUUACAGUAGGUGAAGAUGGUCAGAUAAAAAUAUGGUCGAGAUCUGGUAUGUUGCGUUCCACUUUAUCACAGUUUUCUUCUCCAGUUUAUGACGUUGCAUGGAGUCCAGAAUGUGAUCAUUUGUUAUAUACAGCUGGAAAACAGCUAGUUAUAAAAUCUCUGCAACCUUCAGCAAAACCAGUAACAUGGAAAGGCCAUGAUGAGCUGAUUUUGAGGGUGGAUUGGAAUCCAGUGAGUGGAUUAAUUCUUUCUGGAGGGGAAGAUUGUAAAUACAAAGUAUGGGAUAGCUAUGGUCGUCCUAUAUAUACCAGUAUUACUCAUGACUACCCAAUCACGUCAUUGUCCUGGUCUCCUGAUGGAGAAUUGUUUGCUAUUGGCUCAUAUAAUACCCUGCGUCUUUGUGAUAAAUCUGGUUGGUCUCAUAGUUUAGAGAAGCCUGCAACUGGAAGCAUAUUCAAUGUAAUUUGGAGCAACGAUGGUACUCAAGUUGCGUGUGCAUGUGCAGCAGGAAAAGUUCUUUUCGCUCAUGUGAUUGAACAACGUCUUGAGUGGAAAAAAUUCGAAGUGAGUGUUGUGAGUCGCAAAACAAUUGAAGUACGUGAUGUCACGAAUAAUGCACAUGAAGUUUUGGACAUGAAGGAUCGCAUCAUCAAAGUGUCACUGGGAUAUGAUCAUUUGGUUGUUGUGACAUCAUCACAGUGUCAUGUCUACCACACCACAAACUUCAAUACUCCAGUUAUAUUUGAUCUCAAAGAAGGUACUGUUUCUAUGAUUACUCAAUCAGAAAAACAUUUCAUGCUAACAGAAGCAACAGGAAUUACAAUAUAUUCAUAUGAAGGACGUACUGUUUGCAGUCCUAAACUGCCACCAUCUGUGCGGCCUAGUCUUCUUAGUAACCACAUUUUGUCAUUGAGUAAGGAUGCAUUUGCAAUUCGAGACAACAAUGAGCAUCGUGCAGUAACUGUUUUCGAAACCUCAUCUGGUAAACCUCUCAAUGAUAACAAGCCUAUUUUACACAAACUUGAAGUGCAACAACUUUGUCUGAGCCAAUGUGGUUCAAUGAAAGAAAGAUUUCUUGCUGUGAUAGACAAGAAUAGGGAUUUAUACUUAACACCUAUCAGAAAACUUGAAGCUCAUUACAAUACAACAAAGCUGUCAACAAUGAUGAGAUCCAUAUGUUGGAAUGACAACACAAACAUGCUCUGUGGUGUUCAAGAAAACAAACUUAUUGUAUGGUAUUACCCAUCUGUUGCAACAGUAGAUAAGGAUAUUAUGGCUCGAACCGUAUUUGAAAAGGACAUCGCUGAUUGUGGGAAGAAUCCCGAACUUCGGGCAUUCAUUGGUAAUACAGCUGUUAUACGACAAGCUGCAGGAGCAACAACCACCAUUGGCAUUCCUCCUUAUCCAUCUAUUCUUCAUCAGCUCAUGUCAUCUGAUCGCUCUGAAGAAGCAUUGAGACUUUGUCGAUUUGUCAAAGAAACAUCACUCUGGGCAUGCCUCGCGGCCAUGUCAGUUCAAAGGAAAGAUCUUUUUACAGCUGAAAUGGCAUAUGCUGCUAUAGGUGAAGCUGAUAAGGUGGAAUAUCUGCAUCAUAUCCAGAAUAUCAAGUCAAAAGAAGGGAGAAUGGGGGAGAUUUCUCUUUUUUGUGGCAACGUACCAGAUGCAGAGGCAACUUUUAUUGCAGCUGGCUUAAUGUACCGAGCUAUCAAGCUGAAUGUUGAUCUAUUUCGAUGGGAACGUGCACUGGAACUUGCAACAAAGCAUAAAACCCAUGUGGACACAGUUCUUGGUUUCAGAGGACUGUAUUUACAAAAGUUAGGGAAGCCAGAAUCAAUCGCAGACUUCAAAAAUAUGGCAAACAAAGUGGAAGUGAAUUGGCAAAAUAUCAACAAUAAAAUUGAAAUGGAGUUAGAAAAAGAGGCAGGGAAUUAACUUGUAAUUAAAUGUGUAACAUUGCAGAACUAGCAUUGAUAAACUCGAACAUGUACUUCCACGUUUCUCAAUCAAUUGAUGUAUCAACAAAAACCACACAUGUACAUUUUCCAACCAUCCGCUUAGAAAAAAAUUCCAAUUGCUUAUAUAUAUAUUACUUGUAGAACUUAUAGGCUAAUGUAGUUUUCUCAUAUUUACCAAUCACAGUUUCAACUGUGAAAAUUUCAUGGUUCAAUAAUAUAUUUGUGAUUUAAAGUCAAUAUGGACAAUCUAUUUAAAAUUAGUUCCCAAAUUCAAAUUAUUUUUCUAUAUUCGUAAAUAAGCUGCUGAAAUAUUCUUUGUAUGCUUUAUCAGCCUGUUCUUCUUUUAUUUCAUUAUUUUACACCUAUUUCUCAUGUAUCCCAUAUAUUGAACUAGAAUAAAAAGUGUUUGAAGUAAGAUUAGAAUUCGAAAGUGAACAAUAUAGAUUAGCCUCACCAGGUUCCAAAUAUAAUACGAUACAUGUUGUAUCGGUUUCUAUCCUACGAUGUAUUAAAAUAUUUAACUGUGGUGGUGUCCAUUAUACUGUUUUAUUUUGUAAUUUUCUGUACUCGGCUGUAAUUUAUUAUUACGUUUUCUGUAAAUUUUAUUUUUUUACUUCAAGUUGUGAAUUGUAUUCAUAGUGUAUUAUAGCAUAUUGAUUAUUAGAAUCAAUGAAUGGAAGGUCUCGAG